AUGGUACAGAUAACUUAUGUUAUUGACUUGACAUUUUGUUCAUUGAAGUGAAGCGACAGUGUGUUGCUACUGGAAGUACAGCCUAAAUCAAGGACAAAACAAUUGAACACUUUGUUUUAUUCUUCAGUCAAAAAUGCGUCCUAGAGUGCAAGUCAAAUAUGUUACAGAACACAUGAACUAUUUAGAAGAUAAGAUACACGUCAUUAAACCUGUGGUUGAAGCUUUGCAAGCUCAGGCUGUAGACAAAAGUAAGACUUGGUUAGAAGAUAAACGUGACAACGAAUCUUUGACAUACUGUGAUCUAUGUCAAGAACUUGAAUCAGCUACCUUGACCUUGUUGGAUGUAGCGGCUCAUAUCUUAGACGAAAAUAAAGACAUUUUUGAUGUUGGAAGGUCAUUUUCAUCUCAGUCUACCUCACAAACUAAAGCAGAAAAAUGUGGCACUAGUCAGUCAACAGAUCAAAUCCUUAACGAACUCUAUAAAUCACCAGAAAUAUUGAGUCGACUUGUGCAGAUAGAGACAACCAUAUCUUCUCUACAAGACGCUAAUGACAAGUCUACAGAUGACAUAUCAGAAAUAAAACAAUGGAGAGACAACUUUGUAACAGAACAGAGUGACAUGGGGAUUGACAAUAUUGAAAAUACUAUUUCAAAGUGUACCAAAGAAAUUCAUCUGAUCGAGUCACGUGUAUGUAACAGAUAUGCUUGUUAUGUGACGCUUGCUGAUCACACACCUGUCAGUGUUGGAUCAAUUAUUUCAACAUUUAAAGAAGUACGUGAAUAUAACGGUCAACAUUUUAAUCGAACAACAGGAACAUUUGUAUCACCACAUGAUGGUUUAUAUCUUGUCUGUGUAACUCUACAUGAAUGGCGCGAUAAUUUUAUUGAAGUUACUGUGUGGGCUGGAGACAGGUGUUGUACGGGUAUAGCAGUGAAAUGUGCCGCCACUAGCGCUGCUGGGUCAGUGGUUGUUGACUUGAAGAAAGGUCAAGAACUUUACUUUCACGUGUCUCACGCAUAUCAAGACGCAAUAUUAACCAGCUACAGUAGUUUUACUAUCAUUAGUUUAUAGAAGUACAACACAAAACAUGCUGGAUGGUAAAUUCUCAUAUAAAACAUAUAACCACCAUGUUAAACACAUGCUAAAAACUUGCUAUGUGUGUAGACUACAUGUCUACGAAAAUAUGUUUAUAUAGAGUUUUUUAGACAUCAUUACACAGUUCCAACUAAUCCAAUGUAAUCACCAAUUAUUAUGUUCUACGUAACCACGAGAAACAUAUCAGAUAAAUCUAUUUUUAAAUACCUUUUGUUUUGAUGAAUAACAACUGUAUGUGUACUAUUUUAUUUGUUAAAAAUAAAACCUAGUUUUUUGUGUUGAAAAAUAAUAAAUUGUAAUCCACAUUUUCGAGGCAAACUAAAUGAACUAUUUAAACAAUCAGAAGCUGGAAUAAGUUCACUUAAAUAUGUGUCAGAUAUAUUUUUAAAUAAUUAUCCACGUUAUGCAUGUAAAUAUUUUGAAAGACACUGCCAGUA